AUGACCUCCAUCACGUACGGUCCAUAUCCUCAAUACUUUGCGUGCGGUCAGGAUGACGGUAGUGUGACGAUCUACGACAUCGCCAACGGCAAAAAGGUCCGAAAGGUGUAUAACCACGCUAAUAUUGCUGCUGUCAUCACCCUCAACUGGUCACCUACGGGGAAAUAUAUGGCUUCAUCUGACGAUAACGGUCGCGUUAUCGUUAAGCGACUAGAGCAAAAGGGUGAAGACGGGAAGUGGGCCGUGUUCCCUUGCCUAGAUUUCCGAGAUCAGGAGCCUGCGAAUGAGUUCUGCUUCAACUACAACGAAAAGCUGGUGCUCAUCUCAUUUCCCGCCUCGGACCGCGUGUGGAACUUGAAGACCAAGACACAAAUCUGGCGGCGCGAUCGAGAACCGGAUCUGGAAGAAGCAAGCACCCACUGUAUACCCAUCAGCUGGCGUCUCGCCAACAUCAGUAACCUCUUCAGUGGUAUCCUUCAGUACUAA